AACUGGCCUCCAUUCAUGCAUAAAAGAAUAAAAUGUUCAGACCUUCCAGAAUUUCCUGUUACGCUGUCUACAACCAGUCCUCAUUGAGGGAGGAGUGACAAACCUGAUUGGAGGCAGGACCAUUACACUACCAAAGGCUGUCUUUUCUAAUACUAGGUCUAUCCUAAUCAAUGUGGGAUUUUUGGUUGUCUGACAUCUAAUUUGAUUGGAUAGCAGUGAGGAUUGUUAUUUUUCUCCAGUGCACUGGCUAUACUCAAGCAAUAAGGCAUGAAGGGGUCUGGUAUAUGACUACGGGCUGUAUCCAGGUACUCUGCGUUGUCUGAUUAUACCAUGGCUGUCAGCCAGGGCUUGACCCACCCAGUUUAUAAAAUCUAUAAACAGCUUUUUGUUUUGCUACAUACGUGCCAAAUGUAAACUAGUCGAUACAAUUGUAUUCUAGUUUUUGUCCUGUCCAAAUUUGAUUCCAAUGUGCCCGAUCAUUAUGUCCUUAAGAUUAUGAAAAGCUGCAAAAUGGGUAACUUUUUGCUAAAAUGUAGUUCUAUUGGAGUUUAUCAAUUUACAAUAGCUCGCCCCUAGGAGGCUCGUAGACGUGUAAGCAUUACGUCGACGCCAACCAGUCUACAUCCGCCAUUUUAGACACCAAAAGAAGCACUGUCAAAAGUCUAUGCGUUGACAUAACCAUAUAAAUUGCAUCAAAGCGAGAUGGAAAAUCAACUCUGCAAGCUCUUUAUUGGUGGACUAAAUGUUCACACCACUGACGGUGGUCUUCGUAAACACUUUGAACAGUAUGGCCAGCUGACCGACUGCGUAGUUGUUCAGAACCAGCAACUACAGCGUUCUCGCUGUUUUGGUUUUGUAACCUAUGCUACUGCUGAUGAGGCAGACGCUGCAAUGUCCGCCCGGCCUCAUGCCCUGGACGGCAACAAUGUUGAACUGAAAAGAGCAGUGGCACGUGAAGAUGCGGGAAAACCCGAGGCUCUGGCUAAGGUUAAGAAAAUAUUUAUCGGGGGUCUGAAAGAAGACAUAGAGGAUGGACAUCUGAACGAGUACUUUUCUCAGUUCGGUACUAUCGAGAAGGCCGAGGUUAUUAGCGAUAAUCAAACUGGUAAGAAGAGGGGUUUUGGUUUUGUUUAUUUCGAAGAUUAUGAUUCUGCCGACAAAGCGGUGGUACUGAAGUUCCACCAUAUAAAUGGCCAUAAAGUAGAGGUGAAAAAAGCCCUCACAAAGCAAGAAAUGCAGGCUGCUGGCACCCGUGGCGGGAGGGGAGGAAGGUUUCAAAAUGGAUACGGUGCUGGCUAUGGAGGAGGUUAUGGAGGCAGUGACGGUGGAUACGGCGUGGGGUACAGUGGAGGCUAUGGUGACCAAAUGGGUGGCUACGGUGGGAACGGCUACAGUGAUUUUGGAGGUGGCUAUAGCGACCAGUCAUCUAAUUAUGGCCCCAUGAAAGAUGAACGUGGUACCUUCAGGCUUAUGGAAAUUGCUCCCAUGAAUGAACCAGACUUGUGGAGGUCUACAAUUUUUUUUCUGAGGUCUUGGCUGAUUUCUUUUGAUUUUCCCAUGAUGUCAAGCAAAGAGGCACUGAGUAUGAAGGUAGGCCUUGAAAUACAUCCACAGGUACACCUCCAAUUGACUCAAAUGAUGUCAAUUAGCCUAUCAGAAGCUUCUAAAGCCAUUACAUUUUCUGGAAUUUUCCAAGCUGUUUGAAGGCACAGUCAACGUAGUGUAUGUAAACAUCUGACCCACUGGAAUUGUGAAACAGUGAGUUAAAAGUGAAAUAAUCUGUCUGUAAACAAUUGUUGGAAAAAUGACUUGUGUCAUGCACAAAGUAGAUGUCCUAACUGACUUGCCAAUACUAUAGUUUGUUAACAAGACAUUUGUGUAGUGUUUGAAAAAUGAGUUUUAAUGAUUCGAACCUAAGUGUAGGUAGACUUCUGACUUCAACUGUAUGUAUACACACAAAAGUAUGUGGACACCCCUUCAAAUGAGUGGAUUCGGCUAUUUCAAUCACACCGUUGCUGGUGGUGUAUUAAAUCAAGCACACAGCCAUGCAAUCUCCAUAGACAAAUAUUGGCAAUAGAAUGGCCUUACUGAAGAGAUCAGUGACUUUCAACGUGGCAGCGUCAUAGGAUGCCACCUUUUCAACAAGUCAGUUUGUCAAAUUUCUGCCCUGCUGGAGCUACCCCGGUCAUCUGUAAGUGCUGUUAUUGUGAAGUGGAAACGUCUAGGAGCAACAACGGCUCACCCACGAAGUGGUAGUCCACACAAGCUCACAGAAUAGGACCACUGAGUGCUGAAGCGUGUCACGUAUAAAAGUUUUCUGUUGCAACACUCACUACCGAGUUCCAAACUGCUUCUGGAAGCAACUUAAGCACAAUAACUGUUCGUUGGGAGCUUCAUGACAUGGGUUUCCAUGGACGAGCAGCUGCACACAAGCCUAAGAUCACCAUGCAUAAUGCCAAUCGUCAGCUGGAGUUGUGUAAAGCUCGCCACCAUUGGACUCUGGAGUAGUGGAUACGUGUUCUCUGGAGUGAUGAAUCACACUUCACCAUCUGGCAGUCCGACGGACGCAUCUGGGUUUGGCGGAUGCCAGGAGAACGUUACCUGUCCGAAUGCAUAGUGCCAACUGUAAAGUUUGGUGGAUGAGGAAUAAUGGUCUGGGGCUGUUUUUCAUGGUUCGAACUAGGCCCCUUAGUUCCAUUGAAGGGAAAUAUUAACGCUAAAGCAUAUAAUGACAUUCUCGUCGAUUCUGUGCUUCCAGCUUUGGGGCAACAGUUUGGGGAAUACCCUUUCCUGUUUCAGCAUGAGAAUGCCACUGUGCACAAAGCGAAGUCCAUACAGAAAUCGUUCGUCAAGAUCGGUGUGGAAGAACUUGACUGGCUUGCACAGAACCCUGACCUCAACCUCAUCGAACACUUUUGGGAUGAAUUGGAACGCUGACUGCGAGUCAGUCCUAAUUGCCCAACAUCAGUGUCCGACCUCACUAAUGCUCUUGUGGCUGAAUGGAAGCAAGUCUCCGCAGCAAUGUUCCAACAUCAAAUGGAUAGCCUUUUCAGAAGAGUGGAGGCUGUUAUACCAGCAAAGGGGGGACCAACUCCAUAUUUAUGCCCAUGAUUUUAGAAUGAGAUGUUCAAUGAGCAGGUGUCCACAUGCUUUUGGUCAUGUAGUGUGUAUAAUCAACUGUUACUAAUGAUCCUCAGCAACAACCACAUGGUCAUGACGGAGUUUACAGAGGAAGCAAAUUAAGGUAAAUGAAACAAUGUCAUUAAAUGGAAUGAUAAUUUAGGUUAUACCAACUGAAGGGAACUAUCAGUAAGUUGGCAGUUGAAUAUGUGUUAUUAGGCCUACUGACGAUCGAUACUAAUAGUGGCUAACAUUUAACAUGAUAGAAGUAGAAAACUGAGAAAGAUAGGCUACCCCAUGUUUAAGACAUUUGAGUGGCCAUCCCUGCAAGUCAAAAGGCCGUACAAUUUAAAUUCUGCAUAAUGGCACAGCAUUUUAUAAACUUUACAGUAGGAAAGUUGAUAUGUUUCAGUUUGCUGCCAUAUGACUUGUUGUACAUUUGUCUCCAGGUAAAAUAUAUCUAAACCGAGUGUCAUUUAUAUUUACAAUUCCCUUAUCCAAACGGAUUACUCAUUUACCUAGCUCUUAAGUUGUAAAUUACAGUCAAUGUUAUUUCUAAUAAAAAAGUGGAUGCUUUUUCCAAUUGAAACCUGUAGGUUUGCUAGACCUUAUUCAUGGUUUCCUCACACGUAAAAGUGGUGGAAUUAAGUCAAGGUCAGAAUACAGCGUAUCUGUUGACACACCUCCGCCACACCUUCAUUUAUUAGAUCUCCACCCAAAACAAAUAGUAGGUGAAUAGAAUACUAUUCUCAUGCUUAUAUUCAAGUUCAGAAUACGCAUAGAGAGAGGUGCAUAGAAAGGGAAUUAUGUUCCAUUUACACGCGCUUAACUUGGGUAGGAAUCGGGCCCUUGGUGAACAAAUAGGCUGGAUACCUUAGCUGUGUCUUCUAUAUCAUGGGAAUCUCCAGGGUAUUCCGAGCUCUGGAAUUCCAGCUGAAAGUCCAUAGGAUAUACUUCCAUAGGAUAUCAGGUUUGUUACAAUACAUGCAUAAUUGAAAUAGUCCUGGGCCUAUUCCACUUCACUGGGAAACAUAUUUUUUAUCUGUCUGGAUGACAAUUUCAAAAAUGUUCUCUUACUUU